GAUGAAGCUCCUCGGAUUCUUGAUCGGAGCUCUGAUUCUGACAUCCGUCCAAGCCUAUAGGGGUUGGUACUCCUACAGGCCUGCUAAGGUAUCAAAAAAAAAGCCGUAACUACCAACGAUCUAUUUCUCAAGAUCCAAUUCUAAGGCCCUUGUUAAAUAAAAAGGGGUUGUAAGGUUCAUUUUGAUGAAAAUUGUACAUUAUAUCUAAGGCAACCGAGUACCGAGUGGCUUGCAUCUCAUACAUACAUACAUAUAACCCCAAACAAUUAAAUUUUUUGUUGAUGUUUUAUACAGAGCGGAGGGUAAUUCCCUAUGUGAGAUUGUCAUUAAUAUUUCAGCAAUUUACUGACAGUUUAAACACGUUAAUGGGCACAUCAAAACGGUAAUAAGAGCCACAUAACGGUAACUCGGGUAGCAAAACUAACUUUUUUGCACACAUACGUAAGUACAUAUCACACGUUUGCAUUUAUGUGCCUAUGAAUGCUUCCGUCCGCAUGGAAAGGCAUUCUUUUGUUGGCCAUUUAAUGGGUUAACAGUUUAGCAGGUAAAUUAUGCAAUGUUCGAUGUAAAACGGCCACAAUAGCCACAAUAAAUAAGUUGCCUUUGUUCUUUCUAAAAUAAGCGAAAUAGGGUUGAAAAUAUUUCUAUGCAAUGCUUUUACGUUCAAUUUAAAUAGCUCAUUUCCCUAGCAUUCCGAUUUCGGAUUGGAUGAGCUCCUUUCAAAAUUUGUAGAUUUUUAAAGAUUUCAAGACUUACAGACGAAGGGAAAGGAAAGUGGAUCCACUGCCAUACUUAGGACGAGCCCAUGUGCUUCAAUGUGUUGGAGGAUAGCAAUCUGCUCCCCGAUUGCAGCAUUGCAAACCGGGUCCACCUGUUCUCUCUGCUGCAGCACCUCCAGAACCAGGAGCGUCGUCCGGAGGAUGUGAGUUACCAGUUGAGGGAUCGCUACAACGUAUUCCGCCAGGUGCUGCCCAACUACCCGGUACCGGAGCACGCCAACCACCACACGCGAGGAUACUUUGAGGAGUUCUCCCAGGAACACGAUGCAGUCUCAUUCUGCACGGACCCUGGAUCAUCCGGCGAGGAGACCAGCGAGUCCAGUUUGGAUAGUGACUCCGAGCAGAUCGGAUAGACCGCCAUCAUAAGUGCACAUAAAUUAAAAAAGUGAAAUGAUGUCUAUGGUUGAGUGUCUGGCAAGUGGCGUUAAACGCGGCCAUUAAAUGUUCAACAAUAAAAAAGGAAAAUUCAGCA